ACACACUAAACUGAAGUGUGUUUUGGGCUUUCUGCAUUUUUCUCAUUUCUCAUUCUCAUCUUCUUUGUUUCAUUCUUUUUCUAUAUUCUUCGUCUUUUCAACUUCUAUUCGUUACUUCGUAUAACCAAGGCUUUUGAUUUCGAAGAAACUCGCGGUUAUUAUUGUGUGACGGAUGCCUCAUCUAUGAUUUAUAUAUUUUAUAAGAACAGAUUACCGUGCUUCAGUGGAAUUUAGAUAGACACCAUAUACAAAAUUCAGUGUUACAGGCAUUUGCAUCAUAGACUUUGCUGCAGCAUUGAAUGUGAAUUUACACCCACAUUUUGUUGGUAUUUCUUGUUCUCUCUUUCUCUGUGUGUGUUUGGUGCAAGCUUUUCCCAAGACAUGCCGUGGUGGGGAAAAUCUUCGUCCAAGGAGGUGAAGAGGAAGACAAACCGGGAAAGUAUUUUUGAAAUAAUACAGCGAAAAUUAAAGAGUGUUUCAGAAGAGAGGAGCAGCUACAAAUCGGAAGGAUCUAGGAAACAUCAUAGUAGCACUAUCUCAAAGAAGGGAUCUAGAUCCUCCGGACCUUCAAGAAGAAGAUCACCAUCACCCUCUCCACACGUGUCCCGCUGUCUAAGUUUUGCAGAAAGUCAUUAUUCUCAGCCACUCCCAGUGCCAGGCUUUCCCCUUCCUACUGUUAACAACGUCAAUUCUGGAAUUAUUGUAACGUCAAAACUGCAAAGAGCCUCAGGAGAUCCUACAUCUAAACCAUCUCUAUAUUUCCCCCUGCCAGAACCUGGUUAUCUAACUAAAAGGGGAGAAGUUACAGAUGUGGAAGGAGAUAUUGCCACUGCAUCUGUUUCCUGUGACAGCUCUAUUGAUAGUGGCGACUCAUCUGAUUCACAUCUUGUUAGUCCUCUAGCAUCUGACUGUGAAAAUAGAAACAGAACCACCAUUAACAAUUCUUUCAGGAGUGUGGUGCACAGUGAUCAAUCGCCUAAUACUGUCCAAAGAAAAUCAAGAGCAUCCUCAAAACCAGCUCAUCAAUUGUGCAACAAAAAGCUUUUGUCUACCUCGCCAAAAGGGGUUCCUUUGCAUCUGCAAAUAGGUCGUCCGGGUGGUUUUUGCAGUGCUCCAGAUAGUUCAAUGUCUAGUCCUUCUAGAAGUCCAAUGCAGGCAUAUGGUCAAGAGCAAGUGUUGAGCUCAGGAUUAUGGACAGGAAAGCCUUAUCAAGAUAUAGCUUCUGGGCUCUGCUCCAGUCCAGGUUCAGGUCACAAUUCAAGUAAUAAUUCAGUUGGUGGGGAUCCAUCAGCAUUAAAGGCACACAACUCUGAGUGUUCGCCAAUACCUAGUCCCAGAAUGGCAAGCCCCAGUCCCAGUUCCAGGAUACAGAGCAGUACAGUCAGCCCUCGGCAUCAAAAGGCUGGAGGUGCCGCAACAGAGUGUCCUACAAGACGUCCCGAUGUCAGUAGACAACAAACUCAUCGGUUACCGCUUCCUCCAAUAAAAGUGACUAAAUCUUGUCCGUUUUCUCCAACCUAUUCCGCGUCUUCAACUCCUUCAGGCCCUCGAAGUCCUGCCAGAGCAGAAAAUGCAACGAGCCCAGGUUCACACUGGACAAAAGGGAAUUUGCUUGGAAGGGGAACAUUUGGACAUGUUUAUCUUGGUUUCAGCAGAGAAAGGGGUGAGAUGUGUGCAAUGAAGGAGGUAACCCUUUUUUCUGAUGACCCUAAAUCACGGGAAUGCGCACAGCAACUUGGACAAGAAAUUGCACUGCUGAGUCAAUUGCGGCAUCCAAACAUAGUCCAGUAUUAUGGGUCUGAGACGGUAGAUGACAAACUUUAUAUAUACUUGGAAUACGUCUCUGGUGGCUCAAUCUAUAAACUGCUUCAAGAAUAUGGCCAACUAGGUGAAAUUGCAAUUCGGAAUUACACUCGGCAAAUUCUUUCAGGACUUGCAUAUUUGCAUGCAAAGAACACUGUUCACAGGGACAUCAAAGGAGCAAACAUAUUGGUGGACCCUAAUGGACAGAUAAAACUGGCAGAUUUUGGGAUGGCAAAGCAUAUAACAGGGCAAUCUCUUCCAUUUUCUUUCAAAGGAAGUCCUUAUUGGAUGGCACCUGAGGUUAUAAAAAACUCAAAUGGAUGUAAUCUUGCUGUUGAUAUAUGGAGUCUGGGCUGCACUGUUUUGGAGAUGGCAACAGCAAAACCUCCUUGGAGUCAGUAUGAAGGGGUUGCUGCUAUGUUUAAGAUUGGGAACAGCAAGGAACUUCCUACAAUUCCAGAUCAUUUAUCAGAAGAAGGAAAAGAUUUUGUCAGGCUUUGUUUGCAAAGGAAUCCAAUUCAUCGGCCUUCGGCUAGUCAACUUCUAAGGCACCCAUUUGUUAGAAGUGCUUUGUUAGAAAGAGUCAUUCUGAAUGCUGAUCCUUCAGAAGCCCCAUCCACCGUUAUAAAUGCAGUGAGAUCUCUGGCCAUUGGACCGGCUAAACAUAAUGUAUGUUUAGACUCGGAAGUAGCUGGUAUCCCUCCAAAUAGAAGCUUCAGAGCUGGUUAUGGAUCAAGUAAUGCACAUAAACCAAAGAUCGUCUCAUGUCCUGUUUCGCCAUCUGGGAGCCAACGUUUGCCUUCUAGAUCAGUGAAUCUGAGUGGAAGGAUAUCCUCUCCAACAUGUAGGUCCCAUACCGCAUCUGGCCCAUCUACACCGCAAACAAAGCAACCUAUAUUCCCACAUGAAGCUCUGGGUGUGAUCCAAAAGUCUCAGAAUGGUUUUCAGUCAAAUGGAAGCACUACUUAUCAGAGUCAACAGCAUGGUCAGUUUCAGAGAAAUAUGCAAGCUAGACAUGCUUGCCACCAAGACAUAAUUUCAUCCGAAAAUAAUGCUCUUACUAACUAUAACAGGAGGGCCAUUGAGGGAGUCCCAAUAGAAUUUGGUGAUGGUUGCCGCCAGGAUAUAAUUCCAUCUGAAAACUAUAAUAGGCGAAAGGCCAUUGAUGAAGUCUCAAGAGAAUUUCGAAAUGGGAAGUCGUGUUUGGCUGAUCGUGUGCCUCAACAACAGCGGGUGAGGGAUAAUGUGCGGCCAAAUGCAUCCCUAGAUCAAAAGUCCAGUGCCCCAGUGCGUGGUCGCAUGAAUGGCUUAUGAUUAUAGCAGUAGCAUAAAACCAAUUUUUUUAUUUUUUAUUUUAAUUUACAAAGUGGAUACUGCACAUGUAGCAUCCAGUCUCAGUCCUCCUAUUUAAAACAUGUUUUUAGAUUUUUAGGCAAAUGUACAUUACUAACUUUGCGCUGUUUUGUAUUUUUUUAUUCUAGCUGCAAAGGGUAGUAGUGCCAAUAUAGAUACAAAUGUAGUGUAAAAAUGGUUACAAACCCAAUCACAGUUGAUUAGUUUCCUCCAGUAA